AUGUUUCGUUCUAGUCCCGUAUCGGGAAGCAGGUACUUAUCUCAAGUCCGGCCCGAGCCGCGCGGCGGAAAGGACGGUGGCAGCGACAUCGACGAAGGCGACUUUGUCCACGACGAAGCUUCAUCGCUGCUUCGCUCGGACGCGAGACCGUUUCCUUCGUCCGUCGGUGCUGCUGGGGGCAUCUUCGGCGGGUCUUACGGCGGCGGGAGCGGGGGCGGGUUUAGGAAUGGGAAACGGAGACUAAGGACUCUGGCGGCGUGCGCGGCGCUGGUCGUGGCGGCGCUGGUGCUGGCGGCGUGCGCGGUGGUCGAUGUGGCGGACGCGUGGCUGGGACUCGGAGGGACGCGACGGGCGGCUGGAUUGGAGCGAUGCGUGCCACAGGACAUCCCAGGUAGAUUCAAGGGGAAUGGCAAGGAACGGUGGGGAAGGGUGAGGAACGGUGGGGAGGGUUGGAGAAUAGUAGGGAACGUGCGACGGGCGGUGGGACUGGAGCGAUGCGUCUUGCAGAACAUCCCAGGUAGGUGCAAGGGGAAUGGCGGGGAGCGGUGGGGAAUGGUGGGGAGCGGUGGGGAAGAUGUGCCAUCACUCUCCGAGAUGACAGUGGAGGAGAAGGUGGGGCAGAUGAUGCAGAUAGACGAGCGGGCGCUGGGAUACGGAGACAACAUUACAGUGUACCAUAUCGGAUCAGUCCUUAGUCCGUCUCAGGUCUGUGCUCAGGGGCAUGGCAUGGCCACAGUACGCCCCCAACACCUCACAGCAUGGGCGGACAUGGCCGACAACUUCCAGGCCAAGGCGCUCAGUGCCCCUGCUUCCUUCCCUGUGCUGUCCCGCCCGUACACCCCUCCGUGUGUUAUUUCUUCUGUCAGUGGGGGAGGAGCAUGGCCCCAAUACGCCCCCAACACCCCCACGGCAUGGGCGGACAUGGUCGAUAACUUACCGGCCAAGGCACUCAACACGUGCCUGCCCUUUCAUGCUCCUCCCGUCCCUCGUCCUUGUGCUGUUGUCUUCCCCCCUACCCCCGUCUCAGUGGGGGAGGGGCAUGGCCCCAAUACGCCCCCAACACCCCCACGGCAUGGGCGGACAUGUGGGGGAGGGGCAUGGCCCCAAUACGCCCCCAACACCCCCACGGCAUGGGCGGACAUGGUCGAUAACUUACCGGCCAAGGCACUCAACACGUGCCUGCCCUUUCAUGCUCCUCCCGUCCCUCGUCCUUGUGCUGUUGUCUUCCCCCCUACCCCCGUCUCAGUGGGGGAGGGGCAUGGCCCCAAUACGCCCCCAACACCCCCACGGCAUGGGCGGACAUGUGGGGGAGGGGCAUGGCCCCAAUACGCCCCCAACACCCCCACGGCAUGGGCGGACAUGGUCGAUAACUUACUGGCCAAGGCACUCAACACGUGCCUGCCCUUUCAUGCUCCUCCCGUCCCUCGUCCUUGUGCUGUUGUCUUCCCCCCUACCCCCGUCUCAGUGGGGGAGGGGCAUGGCCCCAAUACGCCCCCAACACCCCCACGGCAUGGGCGGACAUGGUCGAUAACUUACCGGCAAAGGCACUCAACACGUGCCUGCCCUUUCAUGCUCCUCCCGUCCCUCGUCCUUGUGCUGUUGUCUUCCCCCCUACCCCCUGGGGGAGGGGCAUGGCCCCAAUACGCCCCCAACACCCCCACGGCAUGGGCGGACAUGGUCGAUAACUUACCGGCCAAGGCACUCAACACGUGCCUGCCCUUUCAUGCUCCUCCCGUCCCUCGUCCUUGUGCUGUUGUCUUCCCCCCUACCCCCGUCUCAGUGGGGGAGGGGCAUGGCCCCAAUACGCCCCCAACACCCCCACGGCAUGGGCGGACAUGGUCGAUAACUUACCGGCCAAGGCACUCAACACGUGCCUGCCCUUUCAUGCUCCUCCCGUCCCUCGUCCUUGUGCUGUUGUCUUCCCCCCUACCCCCUGGGGGAGGGGCAUGGCCCCAAUACGCCCCCAACACCCCCACGGCAUGGGCGGACAUGGUCGAUAACUUACCGGCCAAGGCACUCAACACGUGCCUGCCCUUUCAUGCUCCUCCCGUCCCUCGUCCUUGUGCUGUUGUCUUCCCCCCUACCCCCGUCUCAGUGGGGGAGGGGCAUGGCCCCAAUACGCCCCCAACACCCCCACGGCAUGGGCGGACAUGGUCGAUAACUUACCGGCCAAGGCACUCAACACGUGCCUGCCCUUUCAUGCUCCUCCCGUCCCUCGUCCUUGUGCUGUUGUCUUCCCCCCUACCCCCUGGGGGAGGGGCAUGGCCCCAAUACGCCCCCAACACCCCCACGGCAUGGGCGGACAUGGUCGAUAACUUACCGGCCAAGGCACUCAACACGUGCCUGCCCUUUCAUGCUCCUCCCGUCCCUCGUCCUUGUGCUGUUGUCUUCCCCCCUACCCCCGUCUCAGUGGGGGAGGGGCAUGGCCCCAAUACGCCCCCAACACCCCCACGGCAUGGGCGGACAUGGUCGAUAACUUACCGGCCAAGGCACUCAACACGUGCCUGCCCUUUCAUGCUCCUCCCGUCCCUCGUCCUUGUGCUGUUGUCUUCCCCCCUACCCCCUGGGGGAGGGGCAUGGCCCCAAUACGCCCCCAACACCCCCACGGCAUGGGCGGACAUGGUCGAUAACUUACCGGCCAAGGCACUCAACACGUGCCUGCCCUUUCAUGCUCCUCCCGUCCCUCGUCCUUGUGCUGUUGUCUUCCCCCCUACCCCCGUCUCAGUGGGGGAGGGGCAUGGCCCCAAUACGCCCCCAACACCCCCACGGCAUGGGCGGACAUGUGGGGGAGGGGCAUGGCCCCAAUACGCCCCCAACACCCCCACGGCAUGGGCGGACAUGGUCGAUAACUUACCGGCCAAGGCACUCAACACGUGCCUGCCCUUUCAUGCUCCUCCCGUCCCUCGUCCUUGUGCUGUUGUCUUCCCCCCUACCCCCGUCUCAGUGGGGGAGGGGCAUGGCCCCAAUACGCCCCCAACACCCCCACGGCAUGGGCGGACAUGGUCGAUAACUUACCGGCCAAGGCACUCAACACGUGCCUGCCCUUUCAUGCUCCUCCCGUCCCUCGUCCUUGUGCUGUUGUCUUCCCCCCUACCCCCUGGGGGAGGGGCAUGGCCCCAAUACGCCCCCAACACCCCCACGGCAUGGGCGGACAUGGUCGAUAACUUACCGGCCAAGGCACUCAACACGUGCCUGCCCUUUCAUGCUCCUCCCGUCCCUCGUCCUUGUGCUGUUGUCUUCCCCCCUACCCCCGUCUCAGUGGGGGAGGGGCAUGGCCCCAAUACGCCCCCAACACCCCCACGGCAUGGGCGGACAUGGUCGAUAACUUACCGGCCAAGGCACUCAACACGUGCCUGCCCUUUCAUGCUCCUCCCGUCCCUCGUCCUUGUGCUGUUGUCUUCCCCCCUACCCCCUGGGGGAGGGGCAUGGCCCCAAUACGCCCCCAACACCCCCACGGCAUGGGCGGACAUGGUCGAUAACUUACCGGCCAAGGCACUCAACACGUGCCUGCCCUUUCAUGCUCCUCCCGUCCCUCGUCCUUGUGCUGUUGUCUUCCCCCCUACCCCCGUCUCAGUGGGGGAGGGGCAUGGCCCCAAUACGCCCCCAACACCCCCACGGCAUGGGCGGACAUGGUCGAUAACUUACCGGCCAAGGCACUCAACACGUGCCUGCCCUUUCAUGCUCCUCCCGUCCCUCGUCCUUGUGCUGUUGUCUUCCCCCCUACCCCCUGGGGGAGGGGCAUGGCCCCAAUACGCCCCCAACACCCCCACGGCAUGGGCGGACAUGGUCGAUAACUUACCGGCCAAGGCACUCAACACGUGCCUGCCCUUUCAUGCUCCUCCCGUCCCUCGUCCUUGUGCUGUUGUCUUCCCCCCUACCCCCGUCUCAGUGGGGGAGGGGCAUGGCCCCAAUACGCCCCCAACACCCCCACGGCAUGGGCGGACAUGGUCGAUAACUUACCGGCCAAGGCACUCAACACGUGCCUGCCCUUUCAUGCUCCUCCCGUCCCUCGUCCUUGUGCUGUUGUCUUCCCCCCUACCCCCUGGGGGAGGGGCAUGGCCCCAAUACGCCCCCAACACCCCCACGGCAUGGGCGGACAUGGUCGAUAACUUACCGGCCAAGGCACUCAACACGUGCCUGCCCUUUCAUGCUCCUCCCGUCCCUCGUCCUUGUGCUGUUGUCUUCCCCCCUACCCCCGUCUCAGUGGGGGAGGGGCAUGGCCCCAAUACGCCCCCAACACCCCCACGGCAUGGGCGGACAUGGUCGAUAACUUACCGGCCAAGGCACUCAACACGUGCCUGCCCUUUCAUGCUCCUCCCGUCCCUCGUCCUUGUGCUGUUGUCUUCCCCCCUACCCCCUGGGGGAGGGGCAUGGCCCCAAUACGCCCCCAACACCCCCACGGCAUGGGCGGACAUGGUCGAUAACUUACCGGCCAAGGCACUCAACACGUGCCUGCCCUUUCAUGCUCCUCCCGUCCCUCGUCCUUGUGCUGUUGUCUUCCCCCCUACCCCCGUCUCAGUGGGGGAGGGGCAUGGCCCCAAUACGCCCCCAACACCCCCACGGCAUGGGCGGACAUGGUCGAUAACUUACCGGCCAAGGCACUCAACACGUGCCUGCCCUUUCAUGCUCCUCCCGUCCCUCGUCCUUGUGCUGUUGUCUUCCCCCCUACCCCCUGGGGGAGGGGCAUGGCCCCAAUACGCCCCCAACACCCCCACGGCAUGGGCGGACAUGGUCGAUAACUUACCGGCCAAGGCACUCAACACGUGCCUGCCCUUUCAUGCUCCUCCCGUCCCUCGUCCUUGUGCUGUUGUCUUCCCCCCUACCCCCGUCUCAGUGGGGGAGGGGCAUGGCCCCAAUACGCCCCCAACACCCCCACGGCAUGGGCGGACAUGGUCGAUAACUUACCGGCCAAGGCACUCAACACGUGCCUGCCCUUUCAUGCUCCUCCCGUCCCUCGUCCUUGUGCUGUUGUCUUCCCCCCUACCCCCUGGGGGAGGGGCAUGGCCCCAAUACGCCCCCAACACCCCCACGGCAUGGGCGGACAUGGUCGAUAACUUACCGGCCAAGGCACUCAACACGUGCCUGCCCUUUCAUGCUCCUCCCGUCCCUCGUCCUUGUGCUGUUGUCUUCCCCCCUACCCCCGUCUCAGUGGGGGAGGGGCAUGGCCCCAAUACGCCCCCAACACCCCCACGGCAUGGGCGGACAUGGUCGAUAACUUACCGGCCAAGGCACUCAACACGUGCCUGCCCUUUCAUGCUCCUCCCGUCCCUCGUCCUUGUGCUGUUGUCUUCCCCCCUACCCCCUGGGGGAGGGGCAUGGCCCCAAUACGCCCCCAACACCCCCACGGCAUGGGCGGACAUGGUCGAUAACUUACCGGCCAAGGCACUCAACACGUGCCUGCCCUUUCAUGCUCCUCCCGUCCCUCGUCCUUGUGCUGUUGUCUUCCCCCCUACCCCCGUCUCAGUGGGGGAGGGGCAUGGCCCCAAUACGCCCCCAACACCCCCACGGCAUGGGCGGACAUGGUCGAUAACUUACCGGCCAAGGCACUCAACACGUGCCUGCCCUUUCAUGCUCCUCCCGUCCCUCGUCCUUGUGCUGUUGUCUUCCCCCCUACCCCCUGGGGGAGGGGCAUGGCCCCAAUACGCCCCCAACACCCCCACGGCAUGGGCAGACAUGGUCGAUAACUUCCAGGCCAAGGCGCUCAACACGUGCCUGCGUCCCUUCCCCCGUGUUGUUUUCUUCCCCCCUAUACGCAUCCCCCUAUGCAGUGGGGGAGGGGCAUGGCCGCAGUACGCCCCCAACACCCCCACGGCAUGGGCGGACAUGGUCGAUAACUUCCCGGCCAAGGCACUCAACACGUGCCUGCCCUUUCAUGCUCCUCCCGUCCCUC